AUGCCUAUCCCAGACGUUUGUGUCGUGGGAGCCGGCAUCGCGGGCUUGAGAUGCGCCGCUGUGUUGCUGGAGAAAGGGGCUCGUGUGACGAUAUUUGAGGCGAGAGACAGGAUUGGUGGAAGGAUCUGCCAGAGUGAUGAAAUUGGGAGAGAGGUCGACUUGGGAGCGCAAUGGAUACAUACGCUCGAGAAUAAUCCUCUUCUUGAGAUUGCCAUCGACGAAGAUGUCGCCCUUCAUCGAUGGGGCAGUGACGUUCAGGUCUAUGAUUCUGGCCGGAACCUCAUUGAUAACAGCAGAGCUACGUACAUCUCUGAGCGAAGAAGGGCGAUCAUCCGGGAUGCUAUCGAGUACAGCAAGAAACACAAAGACAAGAUUCCGACAUCAACUAGUCUGCUCGAUUUCUUCCUCGAGAGAGCGGCACAGGAACAGUUUCCAGAUAACGUGCACGAUCGGAAACUUCUUCUGGAAAUGGCUGAACUUUGGGGUGGGUUCAUUGGCGGCGAUGUGAGCAAGCAGAGCCUGAGGUCUAUGUGGAUGGAGGAAUGCGCAGUUGGAGAGGACCUGUUCGUCUCAACUACAUAUCGCGAGAUUGUGGAUAAUGUCGCCCUCAUAGCGCGCAGAUAUCGUGCUAUCCACUUGGGGAUGAAAGUGACUGGGAUCAAAAGCAUUACCAGAAGGGCUCCACGUGAGAAGGGUGGAGUGGUGGUCACAGUUGAAGAUGGACGCAGCUUUCCCUUUGACGAAGUCGUGGUUACCACGCCGUUGGGAUGGUUAAAACGCCAUCAAGAUGUCUUCAGCCCUCCAUUAGAAGCAAGAUUGACGAAGGCAAUAGGACGAAUCGGAUAUGGGAAUUUGGAAAAGGUGAGCCCACUUCCUCCAUCGGUUUCUAUACGAGGUUAUAUACUGAAUAUUUUGGGUCAAAACGAAAAGAUAUAUAUAAAAUUUCCUCGCGCCUUUUGGAGAGAGACUCCGAGUCAGAAGCAAAAGUACGGGAAUGGAGAUCCCGCCAACGCAUCCUCUCCGAUUGGAUAUCUUAAUUUCCUCUCUCCAUGCUACGCACCAGUCACGAAUCCCUCGCAGUGCCCUCUUGAAGCGUACGAUCUGUCCUGUCUGCCCGUUCAGUAUGCCUCUCCAACUCUACUGUUCUUUAUAUGGGGCCCGUCUGCCGUUCGCCUUACAGCCGCUGUCCGGAGUCUCAUCCCCAGCAAGCAAUUUGAGUAUCUCAAGACGUAUUUCAAACCAUACUACAGUCUCCUGCCGCAUUACAGCGCGGGCCACGAAGACUGCCAACCACAAGUGAUCCUUUCUACGGAUUGGGCCGGCGACGAAUUUGCGGGAAAUGGUAGCUACACAAACUUUCCCACGGGAGUGGAGGAUGCGAGCCGAGACGUUGACGCGUUGAGAUAUGGCUCUCCGGACAGGGCAGUGUGGUUUGCCGGUGAGCAUACAGCGCCAUCCUUACAUAUGGGAACUGCAACGGGAGCGUACAUCGCAGGCGAAGAGGUGGCAAAGAGAAUUAUCGAACUGUACGGGAUGGAAAGGUGCCGCCUCUAG